UUUUUUUUUAUAUAUACAUAUCUAUACAUAUUUUGUGUGUUGGUUGCUUUUGUUGUUGAAUCCUGUCCCAUAUAAAACACAUAGUACUCUCUGAACAAACUAUGGAUAGAAGUUGCCUACAUCAUUGUUUUUUGUCAGAUGUGACCGAUGUCAGACAAAUGGAGCAAGCCCUACAGCAACUACUUGAAGAUUUUCAUUCUGGCAAAUUACGUGCAUUUGGUAAGGAUUGCAGUAUGGAACAAAUGACAGCUAUUCGUGAGCAACAAGAACAUUUAGCAUGGCUACAUUUUGAACUUGGUGUGAGACAGGACGGAUCGAAUCCGCUCAGCGAACAAGGCAUUGCCAAAGGUACAGAAAAUAUGCACUCCCUAAUGGCUAGCCUAGAACAGCUGUCUUUAUCCAUUGAAAAAUUACAUUCGUUUAGUAAUUCAACAUCCGAUUAAAAUGUAAAGCACAACAUGUAUAAACAACUGACUUUUAUUGGUACUUGGGAUCAUUGACAAUAUAUAAUGAAUGGGAUUGUACAAAAGAAAAUAAUAUUGCUCAUUUAUUCAUUCCAUGAACAAUUUUACCAAAUAUCAAUGUUUUUUUUUUUUGUUAAGUUAUUAAAUAAAUAUAGUGAAUUUUU